CUACGGAGGCUACCAACGCGUCUCUGGCCGCCGCUCUUCAGGUUGGCCUCUCCGUGCUGCAAGAUGAGGCUGCGAGGGACGCUGAUGCCCUCCAAGCUAAGAGUAAAGCGGAUGCCACCUUGAAGAAGGUGCGGGAGGCCGCUCGUCUCCAGGAAAAAGAGUUAGCUGCCAAAGAGAAGGAGCUACAGGCCCCCCUGAAGGCGGCUCGGGAGUCCGUAGAGAAGGUUGCCGCUUUUGAGAAGGCGGGAUUCAAGUCUGUCCCGAUUCUCCCAGCCCCCAAAGACGAGGCCCCUGAAUGGUUCGUUGAUACCUCCGGGUAUGAGAGCUCUCUGGCCUUCAUGGUUGCUGCCCAGAAUUACUGCAGGGGAGCAUUUGGUGAUGUCUUCUUGGCCGAGCUGGAGAGGCAGAAGCCGAAGGAUCGCCUGAAAUUUGGGGUCCGGGUCUUGGAGAGUGCUCCUCUCUCCGAGCAGUUCCUGUAUGACGUUGGGGAUAGCUCCUUCGUCAUUGGCUACAACGAGGGGGUGAAGGUUACCCUGCCCAUAUUCGCCAAGCUCCAAGGCCCCGGCUUCAAUCUGGCUCAGCAUACUGAUGACGCGGAGUUGCUCCGGGCCCUGGGCAAGCUGGAACGUGACGCCCGUCAGGAAGAAGCUAAAGCCAAGGGGGAGACUACAGAGCCCCCAACCCCCGAGCCUGAGGUUGAAGAAGAAGAGGCUGUCCCAGGUGGAUCUCGGCCGGUUUCCCCCAA